AUGAUAUACAUUUUUGUUUUUCAAUACAGAUGGGGAGAUUGGACUGGUGUUCAGUGGUGUCCCACUGGGAAUCUCAUCAGCUUUUCUCUGCAAGUUGAGCAGCCCCUUCCUGGUAAAGGUGAUGAUACCGCAGCCAACAAUAUCAUGUUCCAAUGCUCUGAUCAAAAGAUCCUGAUAGGUAAUGGCGGACCCUGGGGAACAUUUUACCAGUGGAGUAAUGUCUGCGAAUAUGGAAUUUGUGGUAUCAGAACCAGAGUGGAGGCUCCCCAAGGUAGUGGAGAUGACACGGCCCUCAACGAUGUCAGGUUUAGAUGCUGUGACAUUUCAUAUUCACAGCUACAUUAA